GCCAUGGGCCAGGAUUAUUACUCGGUGCUCCAGAUCACUCGCAAUUCAGAGGAUGCCCAGAUCAAGAAGGCGUCUCUGGGUGUUGGGCUUUCUGAGGGGGCCCAACAGAGAGGAAGCAUUCCUCUUCCCUGCCUAGUGUCUGAACAAACUUAGAAAGAAAACAGCAUGAAGAAUUGCCUCUCUCAGUAGUCACAAGGUAAGGUUGACGUGGCGUGGAGAGCCCUUGGAUUAAGCUGAUCCGCUCAGCCAGUCUCAGUGGGGCAGGACCUGGGGCAGGUCUCCCACAGCCCCCCCAACCCCUGUGCCCUGCAGGGAUGCACACAGUGAGAUGCUUGCUGCCAAGGGAGGAAGGUGAGGCUGAGGCGUAUGCCCAGUUACUCUUCCCAGACUGCCAAGUAGCUACAUCUCCAACUCCCCAAGGACAGCAUAUCUAUAAAGGGGCAGAGAGAGGCUGGUAAUUCAGAAAUCUCCUGAAACCAAGAGUGUGGAAAGUGAUUCCCCAUUUCUGCCCUGGGCAGUACCUGCAUGGAUGUCCCUGAAGGCUUGUCCUGGAGACUAAUCACAGAUCCUGUGCAGAAGAAUGGCCAGAUCACAAAGGUUUCUUUAGUCCCAAGUUUUCAGGACUUUAGAGUCCUUAGACUGUAGGAUUUCAAAGCUCUAGAAUUUCGCAGCUCUAGAAUUCUUAGAUUCUAGAAUUUCAAGGUACUAGGAUUCUACCUGCCCCAGAGAAAACAGUAGCUGUGAUGAUGAGUUUAGCCAAAUUCCAGGAGAGUAGCCAGACCCUUAAUCUCUAGAUCCCUCCUCCAGCCCUCCCCUACCGCCCCCAGCAAGUCUCCACCUAACUCGGUUCUCCUCCUGGCUAUAGGACCAUACUUAGAUGCACCCAAAAUGAGAUUACACACCUAACUUUUAGGGUCUCCCUCCAAAGAAUGCCAGACAACAGACACUUUAGAAAUAAGGUUGCUUUUGCCCCUUUCUCUCCACCCUGUGUCCACCUGCUUCCCAGCCCAGCAGCUAUCUUAGUCCCCAAGACUGGCCCCCUCCUCAAGGUGCCACAUGUCCACAGCUGUGAAGAGAGGCAUCUAUGACAAGUUUGGAGAGGAGGGCCUGAAGGGCGGGAUUCCUCUGGAGUUUGGAUCCCAGACCCCAUGGACAACUGGUUACGUCUUCCACGGCAACCCUGAAAAGGUUUUCCAUGAGUUCUUCGGAGGAGACAACCCCUUUGGUGAGUUUUUUGAUGCAGAAGGAAGUGAGGUAGAUUUGAACUUUGGGGGGCUCCGGGGCCGAGGGGUCAAGAAACAGGACCCCCCAAUCGAACGAGACCUCUACCUAUCCCUGGAGGACUUAUUCUUUGGCUGCACCAAGAAAAUUAAGAUCUCCCGAAGGGUGCUGAACGAGGAUGGGUACUCCUCUACCAUCAAGGACAAGAUUCUCACAAUUGAUGUGAAACCCGGUUGGAGGCAGGGCACACGGAUCACCUUUGAGAAGGAAGGGGACCAGGGCCCCAACAUUAUCCCAGCCGACAUCAUCUUCACCGUAAAGGAGAAGCUACACCCUCGCUUCCGCAGGGAGAAUGACAACCUCCUUUUUGUGAACCCCAUUCUCUUGGGCAAGGCUCUGACCUGCUGCACCGUGGAGGUGAAGACCCUGGAUGAUCGUCUGCUCAACAUCCCCAUCAAUGACAUUGUCCAUCCCAAGUAUUUCAAGAAGGUGCCAGGUGAGGGGAUGCCACUACCUGAGGACCCCACUAAGAAGGGAGAUCUCUUCAUCUUCUUUGACAUCCAGUUCCCCACCCGCCUCACGCCCCAAAAGAAGCAAAUGCUGCGCCAGGCAUUGCUGACAUAACUGGUGGGCUGGGGGCUGGAGCACGGGAGAAGGCUACCUGGACCUUAUCCCAUUCCUGCCUCAGGAUAUGCAAGGGAGCCAGCCCGCUGCACAGAUGUGAUGUGAGGAUCGGAUGGCAUGGGACUUUUAAACUGACACAAUAAAGAUUUAUUUCCUAUCUUCCAGUUGCACCCAGAAGACUGUGUUGGAGGGAGAGG